AUGCCUACUCUGUAUUACACUCUUUCACCUCCCCGACGAGAUUGCACGCUUCGACUACUUGUUUCAUUGACCCUACUCCUUGUUGACCGCUUGACAUCCCGGGACGCAGCUGACCGACGGAAGCGGGAACGCGACGGGGAGUUCAAACGUCUGGCCUCUGCGCCGGGGAUGGUGAUGACUGACUCCUUCUCUACCAGCGAGUGUGCUCUCAAGGACCUCUAA